CUCACUCUCCCUAGAGGUCCGCACUGCGCUUGCGCCGACGCCGGCGCUCUUGCUCAAGAAGCGGCUGGUGGCCGCUGCCCGAGAGGAGUAGCUAGCUGGGCAGUCCCCGGAAAUGAACUCUAUUCUGUCACACGGACUGCAGCGAUGAUAGUUGCUCUACCGCCGAGAGUUUAGGGCGUCUCAGAACUAUGCUUUAAUAGGCAGUCUUCUACCUGGACCUUAAUGCAAAGCAAUCGUCGUUUUCAAGACACCAAGAUACAAGGUACAUGCUUUGGAGUCGUAGGAGAAUUGUGGAUUCAAAAGGAGUAAGUCAUUUAUUAGUCUGUGCUGGGUGGGUGGCACUUGACAGAUUGUGCUGUUUAUGGGCCCACCCAAUGGCUUCAGUUAUCCAGUUUUCUCAAAAUGGACUGCUUAAGUUACAGCAUAGGAGAAAUGUGAAUAAUGACCUGUAAUGGCCAAAUACUACAGUGAAGUUCCAAGUCUGCAACAGGAAGAUUCAGUUAUAGAAGGAGUAAGUGAUCAAGUGCUUGUGGCAGUGGUGGUCAGUUUUGCUUUGAUUGCUACUCUCCUAUAUGCACUUUUCAGAAAUGUACAGCAGAACAUUCAUCCAGAAAACCAAGAACUAGUCAGGGUGCUUCGAGAACAACUUCAAACAGAACAGGAUGUCCCUGCUCCUGCUCGACAGCAGUUCUACACUGAAAUGUACUGCCCAGUCUGCUUACACCAGGCCUCCUUUCCCGUUGAAACAAAUUGUGGACAUCUUUUCUGUGGUUCCUGCAUAAUUGCAUACUGGCGAUAUGGGUCCUGGCUUGGUGCAAUCAGUUGUCCAAUCUGUAGACAAACGGUAACUCUACUCCUAACAGUAUUUGGUGAAGAUGAUCAGUCUCAGGAUGUUGUAAGAUUGCGUCAAGAUGUUAAUGAUUAUAACCGGAGAUUCUCAGGGCAGCCUAGAUCUAUUAUGGAAAGAAUCAUGGAUCUCCCCACCUUGCUGAGACAUGCUUUCAGGGAAGUGUUUUCAGUUGGGGGUCUCUUCUGGAUGUUCCGAAUUAGGAUAAUGCUUUGUUUAAUGGGAGCUUUUUUCUAUCUAAUAUCACCUCUAGACUUUGUACCUGAAGCCUUGUUUGGAAUUCUGGGCUUUCUAGAUGACUUCUUUGUUAUCUUUUUGUUGCUUAUCUACAUCUCUAUUAUGUAUCGAGAAGUAAUAACCCAAAGACUGACUAGAUGAAAAAAUUAGUUUACUAGAAUAUCUAAGCUUAUAUUAAAAAAACAAACAAAAGGAUCCAUGGAAGUAUCAAUCACCUAAAUAUUACUUUACAAGCUUAAAACAUUUGGUUAUCAUUUGACAAAUGCCUAACAAUAUACAACUGGAAUUUUUGCAUACUGCAGGUUCUAAUGUUAAGAUCAGAUUUAUAGUGAUCUAUAGUUUUAUCUCAAUUCUGUGUUGUCUGUAAAAAAGUAUGAAACCAAUUGAAAAGGGAUACUUUGUUGUUUUCUUUUUCUCAAAAUUAGCUUAUUUAGAUACAUAGUUCAGUAUUGCUACAUGUACAAAUCAUUAUCCUAGAACUUUGAAACUUAUCUAAAUAUUUUUGUUAAAGUCAAAUACUGUAUGAUGCUAGGGAAAAGCCAGUGUCUUUGUGGACUUGGAACAGCUCUGCUUUUUCAUUUUUGUCCAAUUCUGUGAUCAAUUGAAGAGGAAAGAAAUGUGAACUUCAUGAUUUGACUACAUUUUCAGUCUAUGGAACACUUUAAUCAAUAGGAGAAUUAACCAAGUGAAAAACAUGCAUCUCCUGGAGGCACUUUUGACAUUCAUUUGUGACAUUUAACCAAGAGUUUGGCCUUUUUU